AUGAUGGCUUCUCAAACUGGGGCAGACGAUCCCUUGGUCUCGGCUCUGCCUCCCGCCACUGAUUACAUGACUUAUUUGACAUUGUUGGAGUAUCAACUGACCCCUCGGAACCUUCCUACAUUGAGCAGGCUCCUCGGCGACGAUGACGGUAAACUCGCCGAGGAAAUUGGAUGGGACUUGCUAAAGCUCAUUCUCCCUAUGGUGAAGGACACGCCUGAAGAGGUCAAUCGAUGCCUAGAAAUUGUUGCUCGAAGGGGCAAUCCCCGAGAAGUCGUCGUCCGCGUCGCCGAAGAGCUAGAGAAGUUGAGUGAUGCAGUCCAGGAUUCAGACAAUGAAGACGGGUUUUAUCAUGGAGAUGACCAAGAUGAGCUCCCGACCUUUCCGGGCGAAGCACCUCGAGUUCAUCUUGGACAGAUGACCCUCCACGGCAUGCCGGAGCAGAAGCCUGCCGAGAUCCCUUCUGACAAAGGCACCGGCGAAUCGAGCAUGGCACGGCAAACAGUAUCACUCAAGGCAUUAAAACUGCAAGCGCUGUUCAACAUGCUGAGCAUUCUCCACCCUAGAAUCAAAACGCAGUACCCCAGUCGCUUUCUUGCAACCUCCCUCCCGGCCGCCCUGGGCGCGUAUCGGCAGGUUCCCAUCUCGAUCGUGACUACUUCCUCUUUUUUGAGCAUGCUGGAAAAGAUAUCUGGCAGGAAACGUCCUCCCCUGCCUCCCCGCACGAGCACUCAAGGCGAGGGACCGUCCUCAAGCAAACCAGCACCGGAUGUGCCUGCGACGGCCGCUUCUUUACCAGAUCCGGAGGCCAAGGCCGAAGGAGAAGAUACCGGAGUCAAUGAGCCUUCAGAAGGUGAAAAGUCCAUCGUUUUCAGACUCCUUGACGCCGUUUUACUCGAGGUUUUGGACGAAUACAUGUCCUCGCUUGCAACCCAAAAGCAUCCCUCCAUGUCCUGGACAGCUCGAUUACGGGAGUACCGCGAGCCAAGGCGAAUCGUGCCCGGCAGACCGGCAGAGAUAGAGAUCUGGCAGAAAACACUAGAACUGAAGGAACGAGACGCUCUUUUAGCUCAGUUUUUCUCCAUUAGCCAGCAGAUGCAACUCGACGCUAGCCGCGAGAUCACAAGACUCGUACAUGAGGACGAGGACGAAGAUCUCGAGAAUCCAUACCAUGACAAAGAUAAUGCGCCUUCAGAGUACCCGACCAUGCCAUCUCAGAUCCCGUUCCCCAGAGCCGGGGUGAUCUUCCUCCACGCAUACCAGUCCUACCUAGAUCCGCCCAAUGCGGAACCGCUGCUCACCACCUCCGAGCUCACAAAGCUCAUCGCUCACUCGUUUCCCCUCAGCGCAACUCCGUCGAUUCCCCUGCCACCACUCCAAGACUCGCUGCUCUCUCUUCUUUACAAACAAUCCCUCGCAAUCUCUGCCGCCCCCACGACACCACAGCCUUCUCCAGCCAAAUUCCUCCUCUUGAUAAGUACAUUAACGCAACUCUUCACCAUCACACCCUACCCGUCUCUGCGUGACUCAGCACAUUAUAUCGCAACGAGACUGCUACACGCGUAUCCCGAUCCCUCCGUUCGUCUACAGAUCAUUGCGCAAACACUCCGGGGAGAUACGCUGAGCACCAACUGGGCGGAGAUUGAAGAUGAGCUGGGGGAUACCGAUCCGCCCGCGCCGGGGAUUGAUGAAGAGACUGGAUUGACUAGGAGCACUUCAGCCUUGCAGCCGCAUCCGAUUCCACUGGCACCACCACAACAAUUAGGGCCCUUGAAGGCUGUGGGCGUGGAUUGGUUGAAGGAUGAAUUUUCGGAGUGGAUUCGUGCAAGAGCGCAAAGCCAGGCUGCGGUGGUUGGUGCCUUGGAUCCUUCAGUAGUUCUCCUGCCACCGGAAGAUGCGAGCAGGGAGGAGACGGGCGAGGAUAAGAAAGAUGCGGCACCCUCUCUGAUUGAUCUGCUCUUCCCACCGGCCAUUGCCACACAGGGUCUCUCCACAACAUCCUCCACGACAACAUCGACCUCUCCAGGAGAAUCAUCCUUGGAGAGAUUGCCAGAAUUUCUCCUCUCAAUUCCUUUCUACAUUUCAACCCUCAACCUCAUUUGCAUCGUGCUCCCGCAUCUACCUUUCUCUCAACAUCCAGCUUCGGCUCUAAAAUCCCGCAUCGCGGCGCAUCUCUCGUGCCUUGACAAUUCGUCGAAAUUCUUGCUUGAGCUGCUUCACCAUGCUCAGUCGUCGUCGAUUUCCGCUACGACUGCGUCUGGAGAAGCAGGAAUGCAGGGAGGGGAAGGAGGCGGUGACAACAGGUAUGAAGGGUUCCUGGAGGAAUCGCGUGCUGAUAUUUUUGCAUUGGAGGAUGCCCGUGUCAGGGCCAUGGAGGCGUGGAAGAAUGCGCACAACGAAUGA